AUAAGUACGGCCGCGGCGUGUGUCGGCGGCAGAAACGCAGAGUCGGCCCCGCACGGCGCAACGCACGCCCCGCAACACUCAGAUGACAGCUCAGUGAUAACGCAACAGCUAAAGAAGUGACUGGACUGCCAGGCGUCUCUUACAUGUGCAUCUGCAGCGGCUGAAUUAUUAUUAUUUUUUAUCGCCUUUUCACCCGACCACAACAAUCUCGAACCUUUUCCCGAGAGGAUUUACUUGUUUCUUUUUUUCUGACGCGUUCAGCGGGUUUGAGCAACGAUGCCAGCUGACACUAUGGAAAAGCAGACGGCUUCUCCCAUCGCCGGAGCCCCUGCGAACGGAUCACACACACCGGACAAACCGAAAAAUGCAAGCGAGCAUAGAAAAUCAUCCAAACCGAUCAUGGAGAAACGCCGGAGAGCAAGAAUCAACGAAAGUCUCGGGCAGCUCAAGACUCUCAUCCUGGACGCACUUAAAAAAGAUAGCUCCAGACACUCCAAGCUUGAGAAAGCGGACAUCCUGGAGAUGACGGUGAAGCACUUGAGGAACCUGCAGCGCGUCCAGAUGAGCGCAGCGCUCUCAGCGGACGCCACCGUCCUCAGCAAAUACAGAGCAGGAUUCAACGAGUGCAUGAACGAGGUCACCCGCUUCCUGUCCACCUCAGAGGGGGUGAACACGGAGGUGAGGUCCCGGCUCCUCAACCACCUGUCCAGCUGCAUGGGCCAGAUGAUGUCCAUGAACUACCCACAGCAGGCCGCGUCCCAGCAGGCUCACCUGGCGCAGCCUCUCCACGUGCAGCUGCCAUCCACCCUUCCCAUCAGCGGCGCCGCGAUGAGCUCCAAACUCAGCCCGGCCGAGGCCGUCUCCCCGAAGGUCUUUGGAGGCUUCCAGCUGGUGCCCGCAACGGAUGGACAGUUCGCUUUUUUGAUCCCAAACCCGGCCUUUGCCUCCGCCACAGCCCCCGUCAUCCCCCUUUACGCAAACGCAGGAGUGCCCGUUGCGCUCAACGCCAGUCCCGUGCACGGCAGCUCGGCGCCCACUGCAGCAUCUCCGGUCCACGGCAUGACGUCCUUCUCCGGGGGACCUCAAGCGGUCAGCCCGGUCGGGGUCAGCACCGGCUCGGAGGGCAGCGAGCCUGUGUGGCGGCCUUGGUAGCGCAAAGGAUCAGAGACUCAUGUGAAACCAGUUUGCAUUACUUUUUCCAGUUUAGACUUUUAACUGAGUGCACACACGACCUGGAAACUUUUCUGCUACGGGACGGUAACUCUAACCACUUAAUGCCUCCGGUAGUCGUCAUUGUUUCGUUUUAUGGAACAUGUUUUUACGUAAAUUUAUCGCCUGAUUCCAACAUUUGGAGGUCGGUGAUAGAUGCUGUACAUGCAGAUGGAAGAUUUAUAGGAGAGGUUUGUUUUUUUUGUUAUGAAGUACUUUUUAUGAAAAGGUUUAGUUUUGUACAGAGUUGUUAUUGAUUGUUAUACCAAAGCUGUGUUUUAUAUUCUUUGUUGUUUUGUGUUGAAAAAAAAGAAAAAAAAACUGAAGUUGGGUGAUGGCCCAUUGUUUGAAUAAAAGAGAUUUCAGAAAUUGA